AACGCAUGCGCGCGAUCGUCUCUUAUUUAUCUUUUUUACAAUAUUAUUUCGCGGUUUCUCGAAAUAUAGAUAAUUAAAAUUUAUAUGGCAGUUGUGACACGACCGUGCGGUGACUUCGGUUGGAUACGUAACAGCGCCUGCAGGAAGGGCACAUCGCGAAAUGGCUGGAAUGUAAGAUCAGCGUGUGACUUCGUCAAGACACAAAUAUGUACUGUGGCCCUUUCACUGACGCUCUUCAACUGCGCGCGUCUACCGAAAGAGGCAUUCAAGUAUGGCGCUGUUCCGUACCUGGUGGUCUACACAUUCUGGCUUCUGGCCGUUGGGCUGCCAACGACUUUGCUGGAGCUCGCCAUGGGACAGCUUAGUCAGCAAGAUCCGGUGGGAGUUUGGAGAGCUGUUCCUAUAUUAAGAGGUGUGGGUCAUCUAAAAGUUUUGACUUCGUAUAUAUGCUGUGUUUAUUACAUGAUGUACGUAGCUUUGGCCCUGGCCUUCCUCGUUUGGAUAGGGAAAGGCACUUUUCCGCUGAGAGACUGUACUAGGCUUCAAAUGACGCCGAACGGAUACGAAAACAAAAUGAACGCAUCUGAAUGUUUCAAAUCAACAUUCUUGUCACCUUUCACGGACUAUCCACAAUAUUUGGGAAUCAUGGCGAUACUUAUCUUCAUUUUAUGGUUUUUCUUGCCUAUACUAUUAUACCGUCUUCGAAAAACGCUUAAAGUAGCUAUGACUGUGUUAGUGCCAUCUGUCGUACUAUUUGCUGCAUUGCUAGCUACGUUUCUGGCCAAGAGUGACGUGUUGAAUGCCAUGUUCGAAUCUUGCGAGCAAUGGACGCCGUUAUCAGAGCCGUACAUUUGGCAUAGCGCUUUAGUGCAGGCGUUGCUGUCCACGCACAUAUCUGGAGGCUACCUAAUCAGUUCCGGGGGAACAAUUUAUAGGCAUUCGGAUGUGCGAUGGACGUCAGCAUGCGUUAUCAUGACCAGUAUAUUCUCGGGUUGGCUUUGGGUGCUUCUCUGGGAGUCGAUCGGUGCAGAAAGCAAGAAGAACACUGAUUUUGUAUCAAUCCUCGUGUUAGUUUAUCAGUCUUCUAUAUCAGAGAGGAGAUCGAAGCAGUGGCCUUUGUUGGCUUAUGGAGUUAUAUUCUUAUCUGGUAUCAUCACUAUGGUUACCCUCCUGUUUCCUGUCUUCGACAAACUGCAUCGUCUCACCGGUGACCACUGGAGGUUGUUCGCCAGUGCGUCCUCGGCUGUCGGUACAGCUUUCACCGUGGCAGUGUUGGCCCGAGGUCUCGAAGUCGCCACGAUGCUGGACGAUUUGGUCAUUCCGCUGCUAACAACAUUCACCACGGCCGUUGAAGUUGUCGGAUUUGUUUUUAUUUAUGGUUGGUGCUACCUCACGAUUGACAUAGAGUUUCUCACUGGCAUGAAACUACCCUGUUUCUGGAUAGCGACGUGGUGGUGUACGCCUAUCCUAGUGCUGGGUACCACUGGCUGGUGGCUCCGAGCUCUGCUCCGAGCCACUUGGGGCCAGGAGGAGACGCUGUGGCCUCUGGUCGGAGCUUUCGCAGGGAUUCUCAUAGUUAUGAUCGUCAUCGCCGCCGUGGCCGUGGCUAAAGAAGAACAAUUCAAUUUAACUUCGAAAAUAUCGUCGGCCUUCAAGUCGUCGCGGCUGUGGGGUCCCGAGGAGCCGAUAGCGCGGUACGUUUGGAUGUCGCAGCGUUACCUCAACGACACGCUCAGCAGCACCAAUGAAGUCAGCUACGAACGGCCCGACAGCGACGCCGCCCACAACAAAUACAAAGAAAACUGGCUUAGCCACAAAGAUAAAUACCAAAAAGAAUACGAUUAUUACUCGAGGAUCGUCGCGACGAAAACUCCAAGCAAGGCCUCCAAAGAGACAUACCCAGCGCACACUAUCCCAAGAAGCGAAACGAAGGUUCCAGAAGAGAAGUUUCGGUCGCCCAACAUAUGCAUCGCUGAGGCCCAAAUCGGAGGCCCCACGAAUUGCAACUGCAACAGACAUUUCAAACUAAACGUACCUAAAGAUCUAAGGAACAAUGAAGUUACGACGAGCUUAUGAACAACGAACGCGACCUAGUCCUGUAAUAUUAAUUUAUUUAUCUAAUUUAUAUGUACACGUGCAAUAUAGAAUAACGUUGUAGGCCAUUGAACAUAAGAAGACAUCGAUAUUAAUACAAACAAAUGUUAAUAGAUUGCAUUCAUCGAACAAGUAUAGUUUAAUGUACAAAACGAAGUUAAUGAUAAUAAAAACUUUAAUUAAUCUAA